GAUACUUCCUUCCUGACUGAAAUGCCGUUUGGUUAAACGCAUUCAAUCGUUUGCAGUGCAAAGCUGAUUAUCAUGUUUUCCUCAUCGAUUAACUUCCGAAUACCAUUGUCAAUAAUAAUUAUUAUUCUUUCGUACUCAUGGAAUCUCGUUCUAGGAGAAGAUGGUCAAUGGGCGAAUGGUCAAAGUGGAAUCCCUGCUCUGUGACAUGCGGUAAAGGCCUGAGAAAACGACACAGGAAUUGCGACAACCCACGUCCAUCGAGAGGAGGCAAAUGGUGUCCUGGCAACCAUUUGGACACACAAAUUUGCGAGUUUCCCUUCAGAUGCGCAGCGGAUGGUAACUGGGGAGAUUGGGGUGAAUGGACAGAAUGCUCAAUCAGUUGCGGAGAAGGUGUGAGACAUCGUUACAGAGCCUGCAACAAUCCUGCCCCACAAAAUGGAGGAAAGGAUUGUGAAGGAGAUUCCCAACAAUCUGAGCAAUGCGUUAAUAUCAGAGAAUGCCCACGUGAUGGAAAGUGGUCUUCAUGGGGCAAAUGGUCUUCGUGCUCUGUGACUUGUGGCCGAGGUGGUAUUCAGCAUCGCUAUCGAGCUUGUAACCGUCCUAAACCUUCUGCAGGUGGAGCUCAAUGCAAAGGUCUCAAUCAUGAACAAAUAAAUUGCCAAGCGCCAGAAAGAUGUCCCGUUGAUGGCGAGUGGUCUGAUUGGACGAACUGGUCUCCAUGCUCAGUAACCUGUGGAGCAGGCGAACAAAGAAGAUGGAGGGCUUGUGAUGAACCGCCUCCUCAACACGGAGGUGCAGACUGCGAUAGAAGUGAAGCGGAUGAGAUGCAGAUACGAAGCUGCAACGGAAGUCUUAUUUUCUGCCCAGUGAAUGGUGGAUGGUCUGAGUGGAGCGAAUGGGGUGGCUGCUACACACCAGAUUGUAAACAAGCAGAAAAUACUUCGGUCUCUUUCAGACAACGCAGCUGCAACAAACCUCUUCCAGCUCACAAUGGUACUAUGUGUCAAGGCACAUUCCUUGAAACGGGGUUGUGCCCCAACCUUCAUGCAGCCUUAAAUUGCAAAGUGAAUGGCGGAUGGAGUGAUUGGGGUCCAUGGACUUGCAAAAAAGAUUCAGUAAUUAGAAAAAGACAGUGUAACAAUCCUAAACCAGCUAAUGGUGGAGCCAGAUGUCCUGGGAAUAGUGUGGAUGACUACGAAAAAGGAGAGGAACAAUACGCAAAACUUUGUCCUGAUUUCAGUGAUGAUGAGGAUUUACAAGGUUCUGGAAGCGGAAACGGUACCGGGGUAUCAGAGGACGACUAAAACACUGAAAUAUAAUUUCCAUCAAAAGCUAUUUUCCCUAUGUAUCUCACAGAAGACAAUGGCAUACAAAAUUGUCUAACUUUUGAAUAGAAAGAAAAAGUAUUUUCUACUUUGAAUUAAUUUUGCUUUUAUGUUCUCCAAAAUUUCAUGUGCAAAAGAAUAAAAAAAUUAUUAGGUUUACGCAUUUCACAAUUUUCAGAAUGUGCAUGCAUUUUUUUAAUAUGAUUUUCAGAUUACUAAAAUACCAGAAGAAAAAUAUAAAAAAUGAAAAACGUAUGUGAAACGUUAUUGUGAAUACCAAGAGCCAGAAGACUGAUUCCACAUGUGCCAAAACUGCUGUAUGAAUCGUUUUAGCGUUAUAUAUAUAUAUCACUAAAGUCGCUAAUAAUUGAUCAUCUGGGUAGAAUUACAACUAUAAGUCAAGCUGAAAGUAUCAAUUCACCUUCAACUUCUAUUUGGAGUAUACGGAAGAAAACAAGAAAGAAAGGGCAUUUCUGACAGCAAUGGUUUCUGAACUCAUUGGACAUACGCAUUAUUUAACGCUUCGAGCACAGCGGACAGAAUUUUAUUUUAGUUUUCAGUUGUGAUAACCGUUUUCAAGCAGUCCUGAGAUUUUAUCUCGUCUUUUGCAUUUUGAGGUACAAGGAAAAUACGGUUCUUCAAGUCUGCUAUAUCGGGAAAGACACCCGUAUAAAAAAAGAUAUUCUACCAUUUUGAAAUUUAGAGUUAUGAGUUUUCUGAAAAAUACUGUUGACGGAACUGAAGGUGAUAUUAUUAGACGGAUGAUAACAAAGUUUACGGUGGAAUGAAAGACAGCAAUAUUCAUCAGGAUUUGCUUUAAGCAAAGACUUAGAUAAUCGCUAGACAAUUCCAAAUGGGAUACCGGUGCCAAGACAUUUUAUUAUGUAAUAUAUUACAAAUUAAAUAAAAUAAAAAUUUUAUUUUUUAUUUACCUA